GUUUGUUCGGCUUUUGGUGGGUGUCAGUCGCUUAGUAAUUUUUUUGUGUGUUUAAUUAUAGAAAUAAUCAGUGAUACCGCUGCCUAAGUGAAUAGAAGAUGGUGUAAUAAUUAUGUGAUGUAUUUGUAGUAACGGUUGUGCGUUGUGUAUAAAAAGCAGUUUCUUCCGCCAUGACAAUGGUCCGUGCGCUCAGGAAGUAUCCCGCGGCACUUGCCAUUUAUUUUGGGUGUAUCGCGUUGUGUUAUCCAAUUCUAGCUCAAAAUGCACCAGAGAUACUGGAUGUGUCAUCACCUAAGGGCGAUGUGGGGAAGCAGGUCAACCUCAGCUGCAGCGCGGCGCCGGAGACGGCGGACAUCGUUUGGUUGUACCAGGGCGAGCCGGUCAAACUUGGCGACAGGAUCAAAGUCAACACGGAAGAAAGGCAGCUUCAAAAGAAAGACUUGGACGGCAAUCCGCAGAAGUAUAAAAUGUCUAAUUUAACGAUAAACAACGCGACAUCACAUGACGCUGGCAACUACACCUGCAUUACGCAGCUGGGGGAAGCGAAGAUCGAAAGGAUCCUUCUGCUCGAUAUGAGCUUUCCCGGGAAACUGGUGAAGAAGACGCCAGGACCUAUCAAGCAGAAUGCGACUGAUCAGGCCAAUGUUACAAUGCAGUGUGUUUUUGAAGUUUAUAAACCGGGCGAAGUUAAAUGGUGGAAAAGAGCAAAAGAAGACGAAGCGAUUGAGUUAGAUUCGAGAACGGGUAAACAGUUGGACUUGAAACAAAUCGAAAGUACAUACAUCCUACAUAUAAAGAAUCCAGAAGAUAAUGGCACGUACAUAUGCGAAGUCUGGGAUCCUGUUACUUCGACGAACAUCAGCGGAGAAAUAGAUGUAAUGGUGUAUGCAAUCCCUUUAGUAGUUAUGGAUAUAGUCAUUCCGAUAAGUUCAUCACAACUAUUCCUGAAUUGGACCAUCAGAGCUUACAAUUCACCAAUCAAAAGUUAUAAUCUAAUGUACCGAAGGUUGCCGUCAACUGACUACAGUUUAUACACGAGAGAAAAGAUCGGUGUCAAAAACAUUUCAUUUGUUAUGGAAGGUUUGGAGAAAUCAUCAUCUUAUCAACUCAAACUCGAAGUUACCACAACAUAUGGACAGAGCAAGCCACAUGUUUAUGAUACAAUAGUUAAAACUUUAGAUAAAGAUCCAAUUUUUGUACCUAAUAUACAAUAUAUCUCUUUUGCACUCAUUGUGAAAUAUACGUUACAGGUCCGUGCAUGUUCCGACUUCACAAAGCGCUGCGGGAACUGGUCUGAGGAGGUGAAGGCGAUUACCUUAGGGGGUACACCAGGUCGGCCAAGCAAUGUCACUAUACAUUGUUCUGGGGGGUACAUGAACCUCACUUGGGACCCCCCUCUUAAACUUAAUGCGGAAAUUAAGGCAUAUAGUAUGAAUUUGAGUGGCGUGGCAAUAUUUAGAGAUCGCUUUGGUAGACUGCAGAAGGAUCCAUGGGGUCCUAUGUACAGAUCUAAGACCAAUGAUACUAGGACCGCACGCUUCGACGAUUUACCUCCGAACACAAACUACACGGUGCGCCUGAGCGCGGUGACACGCACGCAGCGGCGCGGGGAGGAGGAGACCAAGCACUGCACCACGCCCCCCGUGCCGCCCGCCCCGCCCCGCAUACGAUGGUUCAAGAUUAUUGAAAAUGAAGAGUACAAGCUGAAAUUGAAUUUGCCGCGGCUGUCGGAAAGAACUGGACCGAUUUGUUGCUACAGGAUAUUCAUGGUGAAGCUUCUACCGAGUACUGAAUGGAGUAAACUGCCGUCACCGAGGGAAAUAAGUAUUGUGGAUUACGAGGAGGCGCACAGUGUACGACCCGUGCUUGGCGCUUAUCUAGCUGAUGUCUUCUCACAUGACAAAUUCCCUCCAAUGGCUGAUUCAAUGGAUAUGAUUAUGGGGGAUGACAGACCAAUCUUCAGUGCUGAUGACUCCACAUUACAUAGUGAUAUGUGCCGGCGUUGUCUCAAGCGACCUCGCCGACCCUACUACGACCCCCCACCACCUAAAGUGAUGAUCACCACCACCACCACAUUGGCAACCACCACAGAAGAUGAACUAUUCGAUGAUGAUAUGUCCACUGAUGAACCGGAGAUCAAAAGAGAUAGGAGAUCUUAUCCAGAAAUAGAAAAGACUGAUAACGAUUACACAAGAAAUCCAAUGAUGGGUGAUAGUAUGGAAGAUGAUUUCAAAGUAAAAGACGGUCUCCUAGAUAUCUUAGCUAAUUAUACACUCUUCGUUGAAGUGAUUCCUGCGGGUCGACUGCAAGAUGAACCAGUGUAUAGUGAAUAUGUGAAUGUCCUGAUGCCAGCACCAAGCCCCGCUGGGAAUUCACCUCCCGAGGCAAUACAUAUUGCUAUAAUGGUGUCCUCUGUACUUGCUGGUCUGUUGGUGGUGUUAGUGGGUGUCGCGUGUAUUGUGCACUCGCGACGUUCACACAAACUGCCGCCACAUGUGCACGUUGAGAUGAACCCCUUGCAAGUCGCAUUAAGAUACGUAGUGGGUUCGUUAGGGGGUCGUCAGCAGUUGAUAACAGCAGUUCCCCCAGAUAUGCCCCCCAUUGCGAAAGAGGACUUAGCCGCUGCGUAUGCAGAACGACAGGCUGACUCCGACUACGGCUUCCAGAAAGAGUUUGAGAUGCUGCCGGAAUGUUUCCCGGAUAGGACGACACAUGCGUCUGAGGCCCGGGAGAAUCAACCCAAGAACCGGUACCCGGAUAUAAAGGCGUACGACCAGACCCGGGUGAAGCUGUCUCAGAUCGACGGUAUAUCCGGCUCUGAUUAUAUCAACGCUAACUACGUUAUGGGAUAUAAGGAAAGGAAAAAGUUCAUCUGCGCCCAAGGACCAACGGAGACGACUGUGAAUGACUUUUGGCGUAUGAUCUGGGAACACGGAUUGGAAUUGAUCGUGAUGCUGACCAACCUCGAGGAGUACUCCAAGGUGAAGUGCUCCAAGUACUGGCCUGAUGAUUCUCGAGGACCUAGGGCAUUUGGAAAUAUCACCGUGUAUCAUGUAUCGGAGAAAAGGUAUUCAGAUUACAUCGUGCGAGAGUUGAGAAUUAUGAAGCAGCCUGUGAACUCUGACGGACAACCUAUCAUUGAAAAUAAUGGCAUUAAGAGAAAUGGAGAUUGCAAGGAAGCAGCGGAUGGCAGUCAUCCCAAUUCCCCGCAGACUCGAAACGAGUCGCGACUAGUGAGACAGUAUCAUUUCCUUAUGUGGAAGGACUUUGCUGCACCGGAGCAUUCUUACUCAAUUUUAAAGUUUAUUAAGCGUGUGAACGAGGCGUGGUGUAACAUGGUGGGGAGACCAGUGGUGGUGCACUGCAGUGCUGGCGUGGGCCGCACUGGCACGCUAGUGGCGCUCGACUGUCUGCUGGAGCAGCUGCGGGCCACUGGACAUGUGUCUGUCUUCAACACUGUCGCUGAACUGAGGCGUCAGAGGAACUUCCUGGUGCAGUCUCUGAAACAAUACGUAUUCGUAUACCGAGCAUUAGUUGAGUACGCGCACUACGGUGAUACAGAGAUCCCCGCCUCGCGCCUCAAGGCCAGUAUCGAUCGCCUGCGCAACACGCCCGAAGGCGCCGACAAGUGUCUCAUGGAGCACGAGUUUGAGAAAAUGAUGAACAGUCCAGUAGCGGAGGCUGUCAAGUCGUGCUCUGCUGGUACUGGGGAGGAGCUGCGCGUGCGCAACCGCAGUCCUGACUGUCUGCCAUACGACCGUAACCGCGUCAUACUCGCGCCGAUACCCGGCAGGGACUUCUCUACGUAUAUCAACGCAUCCUUCAUUGAAGCGUAUGACAAUUCGGAAGGAUUCAUUAUAACUCAAGACCCGAUGCCAAACACUAUUAUGGACUUUUGGAGGAUGGUGUCAGAACAUAAUGUGGCUACUAUUGUUAUGCUCAGUGAGCUGGGCGAAGGCAAGUGCCCGCGGUACUGGGAUGACGGCACAGCGCAAUACGAGCACCUAUCUGUCGAGUAUGAAGAGAGCGAGUCCUGUCCGUAUUACACUAGGCGACAGUUCAGGGUCACCAAUAAUAAGAGUGGCGAAUGGAGCGAGGUGCGACAACUACAGUACCAGGGCUGGCCAACAGCGGCGGGGCACGUGCCCGAGGUGACGCGCGGCCUGGCUGAACUUGCCGAGCUCGCCGCACCCCUCGCCCCGCCCACAGACACCACGCGGCGGCCGCUGCUAGUGCAUUGCCAUCUGGGCACGGAGAGGUCAUCACUGUUCGUGGCGCUGUGCAUCCUGAUCUGGCAGCUGCGCGUGGAGCGACGCGUCGACGUGAACUGCGUCGCGCGCAAAGUGCGCUCGCAGCGGGCACGCACCAUAGACACAUUUUUACAAUACGAAUUUCUACACCGUGCCAUAUUGAAUUACGCGGAGCUGCAUAAUCUAUUAGAAGAUAGCUAAGCUCAUUAGACAAGCAAAUAUCAUAUUUAAGUUUAAAGGCAUAAGGUCGAGAGUCGCUUGAGUUCCUUCAGUAUAGCGAUGAUUAAAAAGUUAUAUACCAUUUUUUAUCUGUGCUCAAAAACAAUACGUAUUAAUGUUUAUGUAUUAUUUUGAA